UAUCUUAAAACUAUACAAAAUGGUUGGACCCUUUGUGCAGGGUCUGUUUUUGAUCGGCAUUAUCUACUGGUACUCCAAGGGGAUGAUGUCCAUGAUCAAUGACUACUACCGCUCCGAGUUCCAGCGGAAGCUGCAGACGGAAACAGCGCCCCAAGCCAAGGCUGAGGCUCCCGUCAAUGUGGACAACUUUAUGGAUUACGUGAGGCAGUUGGACACACCAGAUGAAAAAAGGGAAAACAAGGACACAACGGAGGGAUACUCAUCGCUGCUGAUGGAUAAAGCUUAUAGCCAUACACUCCUACGCUUUUGGAGAUCACUGGCACUAUACCAGCUUACGAUAUUUGCCUUAACUUGAGCAGCAUAAGAUAGAUGUUACAAGUAAUUAAACUUAGUGUAUUUUAUAUGCCUUUCGUAGAAUGAAUACUCAUAAAACACUA